AUGAAGUUGCUCUCCCUCUCCGUGUGGCUGGGGCUCCUGCUAGCUGGUGUCAGCUAUGCUGCCCCGGCCAGCCCAGCUCUAGGAAAUGGCAAUGACACCGUCUUUGGACCUGUUAAUGACGCCCUGGUGGCUCGAGCAGUUCUUGAGAAGCGCGAGGUCUUCUUCAGUUGCAGCGAUCAGCGAUUCUCGGUGCAUCUCACCCAGGCAAUCCACGACGCAAGAGAAAUUAUCAGUAACGCAGUGGACCACCUCGAGCUUGCCAUCAGCCUCUACAACGAGGACGGCUCUGGCCGACUCAAGGAGAGCAAGGACGAAAAAUCCAAGCGCACAUUCGACGAGCACAAUGCAUUCAUAACGUACUCACAGUUUAUUUCGCAGCUAAGGUGGACUGACCCAAAAGCGGCGGCCAAGGAUAAGGCAGGGCUACAAAAGAUCAAAGGGACAAGGGACCUUGCCAAGUCGCUCGUGAAGCAGUACGACAAUUAUAUUGCUGGGCAAAGCGUGCCAUGGCUGCGUGAUGGUAUCCCGUAUGUUCGGAUUUAUUGUAAUGAGGAGGAAUAUCUGUCUGCUCAAGACAGCCAGGGGCGCACAUACGCGGAGGCUCACCCCGGGGAACAAAAUUGGCUCAAUACCCAAUUGGGUACAAUGUAUCAGCUCCUCGAAACAGAAGGGUUCGAAAUGAACAGGAAGGAGGUCUGGGUGCCACGGAAAGAUGUCUGUCCACUCCGUCGCGGCCCAACGCAUUAUCGAUUCGGUCUAGUACCUGCAAGACAAGGAAUCAAGGCGUACGUGAGUCACCCACGCAUGGGACUCGUCGAGGAGACAAUGACCUUCUGCCCGGCGGAGUUCGAACGGUGGAUUGCGUUCAACGAUGAUCGGAUAGCGCAGGGAAUCCAUUACCGUGACCUGCAUGUCAAGAUCGGGGAAGAUCCGAGUGAAAGGCAGAUACAGGCAAUAGACACACUCUUGGCGUCACCAGAGGUCAACGCCGAGAUCGGAUUUAGUAGGGGGAUGAUGUGGCUGGGGAACUUUUUGACGGCGACGAUGAUCCACGAGUCAACGCACUCCCAGGCGUUUGUGGGUGGCCAGAACACGUUGAUUGACGUGCAGUGCGACGGCGGCAUCGUCUCGACGGAUGUUCAAUGCAUGAGGAAAAUCGCCAGCGGUGAGGAAGGGGCUAAAGAUGGAGACCCCCAGGGACACAGGGACGCAGAAAUGUUUUCUGCUUAUGCCAUGGCGAUGUACACCAAUGCAGUAUUCUGGUACAGAUACAAGAUGCCUCGCGAGAGGGAUAUCUAG